AUGAGCAUGCCAUGCAAUAUUCGUGAUGCAUUAACUUUGCAGUUUUGUUGGGUGAAUGUCCUGGUGCGUCGACGAAAUGGCCAUUACACAUCAUUUGCGCGCGUACGGGCGGCGUUAUUUGCCAGCAUGCAUGCGUGUUUUAUAGUUACACUACUGUUUUAUUUUGUUUUUGAACCUUUUUCUUGGGUUCUUGCCUUUCUUAUACAGUUGAUCCUCUUCAUUAUUUCAGUCGUACACACCGCUCUGAUCUCCGAGUACGAAGAGCGUCUAAAUAAUGCAAUGGAGCUGGAGAGACAGCUGAACCCUCUCAUCAUCGCCGAAUUAACUUUUCGUUGCUUCAGUCUGUUCCACUUGUUUUUGCUGCACUGGUGGUUCGCUUUUGCCGUCGGUCUGCUGGAGCCGCUGCACAAUUACUGGUCCUAUCGUAGAGCACAUUUCCUGGUGGAUGCAGCAACAACAUGGAAACAAUUAGGCUCUUUGAGGACGGAUGCCCGUCUGCGGCUGAUGAUCCAAGGUCUGUUGUUGAUACUCACCUUCGCAUACCUUACGCUCGCUCUGUUACCAAACUAA